AUGACCGACUCCUUGCCGACAGAUGGUUCUGAGACGUCAGAAUCCUCCAAAUAUGAAUGUUCAUUAUGUUCUAAGCGAUACAAGCGACGAGAACACCUGUUCCGCCACAUCAGUUCCCACACCUCACAACGGCCUUUUCAAUGCACCUCGUGCGAUGGGGCCUUCCAGCGGGCGGAUGUCCUGAAGCGACACCUACGUACUUGUGAUGGCGGCAUCUCAAGAGCGAGCACCCGAAGACGGGCCUGCGAUCGCUGUGUCCGUCAGAAAAAGGCCUGCAGCUCGCAUCAACCCUGCAACAGUUGUGCCAAGAAAGGAGCGCAAUGUUGGUAUUCCGCAGAGAUGGGGUCUUCACGAUCGACCCAGGGCUUGGCCAAGGCGAUCCCAAAAGAACAAGAACCGGGUACUCAACUCACGGGUCCAACACCCGUACCGAUGAUGCCAUGGGGGUUCACUAUGGAGGACUUGCAGAAUUUCAGCAGCAGUCCGGUGGAUACCUUCUUCGACCCGGCUUUUAUUCAAUAUCCCGUUCCAGGCUGGCCUGAUUUCUCGCCAUUGGCUGCAGAGACACCGGCGAACUUCGAAACGCCGGUUCCCACAGAAGGCUCCCGGAAAUCGCUCAAUUUUCUGGGUAAAUUCACCAGCAAUACGGGAUUAGUGUCGAGCUUUGAUUGCGGUACCCAUGAGCAAAGGGAACGUGUGGCUGCCAGCAUAGACCGGCAAAUCGCAGCUCUAUCACAAAGUCUUACGGCGGUUCCAGUUCCAACCAUGGAGAUCUCACCUCCUCUGUUGUUGGAGAGUAUGAGUGAUACGAGUUCAGUCAGCGAGUUCCCCCUGGAUUGGUUCAAUGACCCACUUUCAUUAAAAACACAUGAAAUUCUUCUCUUGAUUGAAGAGGUGGUCACCAUCAAACCGCGCAACAGUUCGGUCACUCUGGACUGGUCACCCCCACUCAGAGAUGCAUGUUUGCAAUUUUUCUCCCCUACAAAUAUUAGAAGAUUUCUGGGGUUAUAUUGGGCAUUAUGGCAUCCCAAUGUCAACUUUGUACAUCGACCGACAUUCGACAUGCUGGCGGCGAAACCAACACUCCUAGCUGCCAUGGCGUUGAUUGGUGCCUGUCUUUCUCCUGAUAUGCCCGACAACGAAGAUGCACGCACCUGGUUCAACUGCGUGGAGGAGAUGGUCUACAUAGACGACGAUUUCAACAGCGAUUUAACCUACCGGUCUUCCGGCAGUAUGGCGAUUCAGCGACGCAAGAUUCAGGCUGUGCAGGCUGCCUACAUAGUCUGUCUCUAUCAAAACUGGGAGGGUUCCGAUGCGAGCAAGAGCCGUAUGCGACGCUAUCGUUUCGCCACCUUAGUAUCUACCGCUCGUGAUAUUGGCAUCACUGCGGCCAGACAUUUGCAUUAUAGCGAACAAGGCCGACACGAGUUUGAAUGGAAGGAAUAUGCAGCCAGGGAGGAGCUGAUCCGUUUGUUUACCUGGAUCUUCCUCCUCGACUCGGCAUUUGUCAUUUUCAACAAUCUCCCUCCACGAAUGGUCAUCAAAGAAAUGAGGAUGCACAUGGCCACACCAGAAGCCUGCUUCCAAGCAACAACAGCAGACCAAUGCCACCAGCAACUCCAACUCUUCCUCCCCCCAAGAAGCCUUUACUGGACGACCUCCUUCCGAGGAUCAUUCGAAUCACUAUGCAAAGACGAACUCGACAUCAACAUACGCCAACUCCUCGCUACCCUCGGCCCCCUCAACCUCUUCUCAUUAACAUCCGCACUCCAUUGCCAAAUCUUCCAAUUCCGCAGCGUAGUAGGCGGUUUCCAACUCCGUGCCCCAAUCCGCAACGCCCUCUCCCACUGGCGCGAGACCUGGCAAUGCUACUCCUCAGCAGCCCCCCAAGGAGUAAUGCCGCACAUCACAAUCGACGACUCGCUCGUCCACCCCGAGGAUCUGUGGCGAAGGAUGGGAUUCUCCCGCUUCGCGCCCGAGUACUGGCUUCUCGCAAACUUGAUGGCCGAUCGACUGACGGGACUCGGCGCGUCGCAGCCAGAAAGUCAUAUCGAGCCGCUGGGCGAGGGUGCACUGGAUCCGAUCUUGGAUCAGUAUGAUCAGACCAGUAUGCAACAGGUUAAUGACCUGAUUAUGGGAUUCCAGGCAUUCCAGAUUUGA